AUGGUGACUGUGGCCAUGACGACUGAAAGGUAUCUGAUGAUAAAAUAUGCUCUCAAAGCAAGUUACCUGUUCACCAUCAGGCGAGCCCGCAUGGCGGUUGGGACAGUGACUGUUGUAGCGUUGUUUGUCAACAUACACAACUGUUUUACCAGAGGCUCUUCGUGGAAUGACGCCCUCAAGACAAAUGUGUGUAGUCCAUUGGGGGAAGCGGGUGAACUGUUUCUCCAUUUGAUCUGGCCAUGGGUGGAUGCAAGCGUAUAUUGUUAUAUCCCCUUUUUCGCUCUUCUUGUUUUGAAUAUCCUUAUUAUAACUAAUAUUAAUCAAUCAAGCGAAUUGUUUCUCAGGCUCAGUAUGUCUCACAGCAGGAGAUUAAUUGAAAACCGCCAGAUAACUCUCAUGUUGUUGUUCGUGACUCUAGCUUUUCUUCUACUAGUUGGCCCAGUGGGGGUUAUUUUAGCAGUGGAACAAAAUCUUCUGGCGACAGGCAGCGCUCUUGUGAAGGCCAGGCACAGCUUUGUUCGAGUUAUAUUUAACUGCUUGACCUACACUAACCACGCCGUUAAUUUUCUGCUGUAUUGCAUCAGCGGAAGAAGAUUCCGUAAAGAGGUACUGAGGCUAUUUUGUCGAGUUCACCCUACACAAAAAACAACGUACAACAUAAAGUAAGAAUAAUAAUUAUCAUCAACUGAAUUUAUAAAGCUUAUUUUCUCUUGAAAUAUGUAAAUGUAACACGAGUAUUCACUUACUCGGACAUGUAGUCCUCUCCCUAACAUUUCUUCCGGCCAAUCGAAUAGAAGGAAGCGGAUGGUUUAUUUGUU